CACAUACACGCACAUAUACACAAACUCACAUAACGCACACUCUACCGAGCAGAGGAGAGAGAGCGAGUGCAGAGAGAGGGAUAAACAGAGAGAGUGAGUGAGAGAGAGAGAGAGACUAUAGGAACGCGGCGGCUUGUGUGUGUGCGCGUGUGUGUGUGUGUGUCGGUACGUAACGGCGCGCGGCUUGGUGGUAAGAAACGACUGGCGGGGCGGAUAUGGAGGGGCUCGGGAAAAACGCUGGGAACUGACCGAGCACCGAAGCGAAGAGAGAGAGAGAGAGAGAGAGAGAGAGGAGCGGACGGAACGGACGGCACGGAAGGAAGGAAGGACGGAAGGAAGGAAGGAAGGAAGGAAGGAAGGAAGGAGAGGAGAGGAGGAGAGAGAAGUCUGACAACGGGGGAGAGGGAAGAGUGUGAAGAAGGGGCUCGUCUGGAACGCGGAGAGAUCCUAAGGAGUGAGCCCUGGGCUGGAUGGGACCCACCAUGCCCCCCAGUAAGAAGGCUCAGAGCCCCAGUAGUGGAGCCAGUGCCUCGCAGGGCAUGAGCCCACCGUACCGGCAGGGAGACGCCGCCACGGCAGCAUCUGAGGCCGAGGCGGCCGACCUCUCUCUGUCCCUUUCCGCUUCCUUUUCCAAGGCUGAGGAUGAGGAGCUCACCAGCCUCUCUUGGCUCCACGAGAGCACAGACCUCCUCAACAGCUUCAGUCACUCGGGGCUGCGUAGCGUCUCCCCUCUGCAGGACCCUGACGGUCAGCAUCCUCGCUCCCCCUCGUCCUCGUCUCCUUCCCCGGACGACCCCCUGCUUGGGGAUGCACACUCAGCGUACGACUUGGCGGCAGGGGCCAACCGCAAACCGCCGUACUCCUUCAGUUGCCUGAUCUUUAUGGCCAUCGAGGAUGCGCCAAACAAACGUCUGCCAGUGAAGGAUAUCUACGGCUGGAUCUUGGAGCAUUUCCCUUACUUUGCCAGUGCACCGACAGGCUGGAAGAACUCAGUACGCCACAAUCUCUCACUCAACAAGUGCUUCAAGAAAGUGGAUAAAGACCGGAGCCAGAGCAUAGGCAAAGGCUCCCUGUGGUCCAUAGAUCCGGAGUACAGGCACAAUCUGAUCCAAGCGCUGAAGAAGACGCCGUACCAUCCAUACUCGCCCAGCCUGGCCACGCCCUCCACCUCCCCACCCACCCUGCCUCCGACAUUUCACCACAGUCCUCCAUUGUGGUCGGGGAGUCCCCUCUUCAGAAAGAACGGUGGAGUCCUCCUACAAGUUCCUCGUGGUGUGAUCCAAAAUGGUGCCCGAGUCAGAAGCCAGGCACUAUUUCCUGUGAUAAGACCCCUACCUGUAAGCCCUGUGGGGAGCAGAACCUCUGCCAUCAGAUCAUCCCUGGGAGAUUAUCUAAGCCGAGGACAGGACAGCCCAUCCCGCUACUCCCCUCCGCCCUGCGGCGAGGACCUCCAGGACGACCACACUUACAGCACGGCCAAAUCCCCCAGCAGGCUGUGCCCCUCCCAGGUCGCCGCCCCAUCCUCCCCUCUGGACGACGACGACAUCAUCGCUGUGGAGAUCCAAUCGGACGUCAAACCCGAGCCCCGGGAGAUCCCCCUGGAUUCUCACGUCACCACAGCCACUGCUACCUACAUUUCCCAGCAACCCCUGCUGCGCGGACAGAGACGUAGUUCGGGGGCGGGGGCGGGGGCUGGGGUGGUGACGCUGGCGGGGAGCAGUUUGCCCUGGACCAAAAACCGAGGGGUGAGGGGCAUUAGCGACACGCUGCCGCUGAAGAAGCGGCGUGCGGCGGCAGCGGUGGAGAAGCCACCGGAGAGCGACGACGAGGAGAUGAAGGAGGCGGCGGGGUCGCUGCUUCACCUGGCAGGGGUCCGAGCCUGCCUCAACAACAUCACAAACCGCACCGCCAAGGGCCAGAAGGAGCAGAAAGAGGCCCUGAGAAACUAAGACAUGAACACACAAAUACAGUAGAACAAGUACAUAGUCACACAAACACACACAGAUGGUAUACAGCUUGAAACACACAAAACACAACACAAAUACAUACUACACAAAUAGGUCAACAGGUAACGUUACUACAGCAUUAGUCUCAACGGACACUUCUCAUCUCCCUCUAUCUAUCUGCAGGGCAUUAGGUGAAUCCUACUUAUUUGUGGCAAUAUCAAAAAUCUAUGUUUUCCUACAUGUUCAGCAACACUAACAUCAAUGGGUAUUUCUCAUGUGUCUUUGUUGUUUUUGUUGUUUAAAAGGGGAUGAAAGCCAUAAAAAAAGCAUGUUUUGUCACUAAUUUGGACAAAGUCGCACGCGACAAAAAUCACAUUGAGGAGCGAAUAUGAACAGAAGAUGGCUGUUUUGUCUUACCUGUUUGUUUCUAUGUGAAUCUGUAGCAAUCUUGUAGUGAUGCCAGCAAGGCGGCGAGAGCCCUGCGGAGACGAGCCUCUUUUUAACCAGACUUAAGAGCUCUCCUGGCGGCUCACUGGCAUCACUUCUCCUACAUCCACGAGCACAAAUGUGAGACUGUGCCAAAGAUAAGCGACCAGGUUGCUUCAUGUAGCCGAUACGACAGCUGACAAAAAAAAACAAACAAAAAGAAAAUGGAUUUAAAAAAAAAAAAAAAAAGACAGAGAAGAAGAAACAGAGGGCAUAGUAGUAGUGAAGAGCUGGAAGAGAAUGACCUUAAGUGUCAAAAUAAUUGUAAAACCCAAUGUGAUAUAUAUUCAUGCACUUAAAAUUAUUUUACGCCACUUAUAAUAAAAGCAUCAUGGGUAAAAACAUGGUUUAUUUCAAGAGCACUCAUAGUAUUUAAGAAUAGAUAUAUUAAAAUAAAAAAAAAAGGUCAUGUUUAUCACCAUAGAGAUGGAUAGUGUGCCGGGUCUGAGGCAAUAUCUCCUUCAUUUUGUUGUUGUUGUUGCAUAAUGUAAACGUCCCUGAAACCUUCCCAGUACUUCUGUCCAUAGACGUAGACACCUGGUAUAGAUAUUGUAGCUACCAGCAGCUACCACACCUUCCAGUUCAUUUUUACAAUGUCAAAGAAAUAUAUACAUAAACUGUGGGUUUAGAUUUCUGUUUGUGUCUGUUUACCCUCACUUCUACCCUCAUAAAGAUAUAAGCAAUUUGUCCCGUGUGGACAACUCUGUAAAAAGGUUAGAAAAUAUUUUAUUUUUUUCCUUUCUUAAUUGAAGCAAUUUGACCUGCAGGACUUUCUCAGUUAUAUUGCAUGGGUGCUUGUAAAUAAGAUAAAAAGCAAAUCUUUUUUAUUCAAAGAUCAUGUAAGAUAAACGAUGUAUUUAGCAUGAAGCAUGACUUAUUUUCAUAUAAACCUUGAUCCUAGAAGAAAAAGUUUUGCCGCCAAUUCUUAUACCCGUGAUUAUAUUGGAUUUUUGUUUUUGUUUUCUUUGAAUCUUUUUGGGUUCUUUUUCUGAGCGGGCUUUCAAAGACACGUCUUCAGGGAGGAAAUGUGGGAGAUCACUCUGCAAUUAGAGGCCUGAGGGUGCCACCUCUGGGCUUUUGGUUCAGGCUAUGUAGGCCAGCUGAUUCACCUCUUAGGGGGUGGGCUUCCGUCUUCUUCUCCCUGUACAGUGAUUUUUUGGUGUUUUCAGUGUUGACCCCCACCCCAGUGUUACUUCAGAACACAUCUGUUGAGUGUGUGAGUUUAUGUGCCCAGGAACACACACCCUUUAACAUUGUGCCUGCCUGCCUGCCUGCCCUCAGUACUUCUGUUCUCAUGUCUCCGACAUGUUUUGACAGAACAUUACCUGUCUUUAUUUAUAACAGUAUUGUUUCUUUUUUUCUCCUGUGUGUAAAUGUACAUGUGUCCUUAUUUCCCAUUGACAUUGUUCAGUGUAAAUGUGUGCAUCAGACGGGCAUGGGAAAUGUGUUGUCCUGAAAGAACCUCAUAUCUCUGAAAAAGGCUACUUGUUUGGAAGUGAAAAGAGAGCAGAAUGUAAGAGAUGGCAUAAAUGACAAAAAAAAAAAGGUUUGUUUUCUCUUAUACAGUAUUGUUAACCCAUUUUAAGUAAAACUAGAGGAAUUACUUGCAGUUCUGGAUAUCAAGCUUUCAUACAGUCUAUGAUAUAUGAUAUAUAUUGGAUAUAUAUCUCAAGAGCCCAAUCUGGAGAUUAGAGGUUGUUCUUUUAUAUUUUGUUAACCUGUUAGACGUGUAUGUGUACCUCACUUACAGUCAUGAAAAAAAUGGAUUGAGAUUUGCAAGGGCAGCAGAGAGCUUUGACAUUCUUAGCAUUAGAAGUGAUAUUUUACAAUGACUGCACUGCCACUUUUUGGCAUGCUUUGCUAAAAAAAAUGGGAAUGCAUCAAAGUAUUCAUUUGUCCCUGAUGUGCAGUGAUAUAGCCGACAUAAAGAGCAGCUUAGUAAGAGAAGUCGUAGGCUGAGCAUGGUGGGAAGUUUUGUUCACUGGUGUUGCAACACAGACAGACAAGGUUUUGUUUAAGAUGAAUAGACAUUGAGUGUUUGUGAGCGAGCCAAGCAGGCAAACAAAUGCAUGUCCGGUCCACUGGUACAGUCUUUUCCGAACUGUAGCAUGCAUCACUGACUCUGCAUUUUGUAAGGUAUCCAUGCCCACAUAUAAAAAAGGCUAAAGGAGACACUGUCAGUGUUGUUGUUGUGUGCCAUCCGUCUCUUGUCUGAUAUCUGUCUGAGUGCUCCUGCAGCCCAGGUCAAGCACUCUGCUGUAUUUGCAGUAACAAUCCACUGUUGUGGUGACUAAUAAUGUGUUCGGUUGGCAAGAGGCAUGUCAGAGGGAGAAUGUGUUGCUUUAGCAACCACCUUUUUUCCCUCUGACUCACUCAGUGACAUGCAGGAAAGAUGAACUCCUGACCUACGUGUCCUGGAAAAACAGAGCAGCACAUAUACCUGGGACAUUUUAAAGCAAAGGAAAUAAUAUACUUCACUGCCUGAAAAGCCCCCAAAAACAAGUGUAUCUUUCAAACCUGCCAAACGUACAAUGAAAUGCUCUUAAUAUAAUAGUUGCCAUUUUUUAUUUCUUUUAGGGUUUUUAUGCGCAUUUUCGUUUUAUGUUUUGUUUUCUCUCUGACAAAGUUAUCUACAAUACUGCCAUUAUAUUUGGUGACUGUAUGAGCUGAAUAUUGGAAAGCCAUAGGUUAGAGAUGUCAAAAUGCAAAACUGUUAUUGAUCUGUGAGAUGUGAUGCAGAGUACACCCAGGUGUUGGUUUUCAGUAAAUGUUCAAUUCUCUCCUUAUCGUGCAAUCAUAUUGCCAAAGAAUGAUUUCAAGACCUAUUUCAUCACUACAUGUAAAUAUCAACGUUGUCCAAUACCGUGGCAAAAAAUAUAUAAAUGUUGUUUUAUUUUGUUUUCCAUUUUCUGAAAAACUACAAUGAUGUUUAUGUGAUGUAUUGUCUUCCAGUUGGUUGCAAUAAUAAAAAAUACAAGUUGCAGAA